AUGGAGCCCCCGACCGGCACCGAGAACGCCCGCCUGGUCAGCCCGCGAGGCGGCCACGCCGACGGCAGCCUGCGCCUCAAGAGUCUGUUCACAGGCUCCCAGGACCACCCUGCACUGGCGCCUCACCCGGCUUCAGCUCUCCACUGCCGCUGCAGCCUCCCGGCCCCCAGCCCCGGGCGGGACAGGCUCCCUAGCCGGCAGCUGAGAGUCGCCUGCGCCGUCUGCUGCCUCUUCAUGGUCGGGGAGGUGAUAGGUGGGUACUUGGCGCACAGCCUGGCCAUCAUGACGGACGCGGCCCACCUGCUGACGGACGUGGGCAGUAUGUCCGUGAGCCUCUUCUCCCUUUGGGUCUCCACCCGCCCACCCACCAAGACCAUGACCUUCGGCUGGCACCGCUCAGAGGUGUUGGGUGCGCUGGCCUCUGUCCUCUCCAUCUGGGUUGUGACCGCGGCCCUCGUCUACCUGGCGGCCGCCCGCAUCAUCAGCAACGACUACGAGAUUGAGGCGCGAGCCAUGCUGGCCACAUCCGCCUGUGCCGUUGGCGUCAACCUGGUCAUGGCCUACAUCCUGCACCAGUCCCCCGCCGGCCAUGGCCACGGCACAGUGGGCUAUGAGCAGCUGGAGAGCUCUGGGGGGUGCCAGCCCAGCCGUGCCCCCCUGCCUGGCAGCACCAGCGUGCGGGCAGCCUUCGUCCACGUGGUUGGUGACCUGCUGCAGAGCGUCGGUGUCCUCGUGGCUGCCACUAUCAUCUACUUCAAGGUGCCCAGGCUGGACUCCCCUGCACUGUCUGCAGGAGCAACUCCCACAGCCCCAUGCAGGGUGCCCUGGGGACCACACCCCCAGGGGCCCAGCUCAGCUCUGCCCCCCAGCCUAACACUGACCACUCUGCAGCCUCAGUGCAAGAUUGCAGACCCCAUCAGCACUCUUUUCUUCUCGGUCUUUGUCCUCGGUUCCACCUUCACCAUCCUCAGGGAUGUCUUCAGGGUCCUCAUGGAAGGGACACCACGGGGCACCGAGUUCGAUGCGGUGAAGGAGGUGCUGCUGGAGGCCAGCGGGGUGCAGAGUGCCCAUGACCUGCACCUCUGGGCGCUGACGCCGAGCCACCCUGCUGUGUCAGUGCACGUAGCUGUGGAGGCUGGCGCCGACCCUGAGAUGGUGCUCUGGGAUGUCACUGCCCGGCUCCAGAGCAGGUUUGGCUUCGCAUCUUGCACCGUGCAAGUAGAGCAGCACCGGGAGGAGACAGCAGCCUGUCCCCACUGCCAGGACCCCCAUGCUUGAGACCCCUGCCUGCCGCUGCACUGGGCCUGGCCUAGCCUUGGCCGCCCCUGCCCUGGAGCAGGCCAGUGCUUGGGGUGCUGUCCCCUGCUGUCCCCACCCCACUGCUGUGUAGCCCUGGAGUGCAACAAUGCCCUCGGUGCACGGUCCUGGGUGGGACGAACACAUGGCCUGGCUCCAGCAGCACAGGGGCUCCCUGGGAUCCUCCACUCACCGCUGUGCCACAGCCUCUGAAGAAAGGGGAUCCUGCCCCACCACCCACCCCCACGGAGCCCUGCUGUCCUGGCAGGAACAGGUGUCCCCUGUGGGGGACCCUAGAUGUCGCCUUGGACCCAGAUGCUUGUGCCCCCAUCACCCCCUUUGCAGCUGCCCAGGCUUGGGGAGGGCAGGCCAGAGGAGCUGCUGCAACCC